UGGUUUGGGCUUGUUGAUUCUAUGGGAUUUGACACUUGCCGCUACGUUUAGGCCACCUAAACAUUAUAAAAAUGCCUACCAACAACCCUUUACCUCCAAAGGAAAAUAAUUUCUUCAAGAGAAUAUUGAAAUGCUACGAGCAAAAGCAGUACAAAAAUGGGCUGAAGUUUGCCAAACAGAUUCUGACAAAUCCCAAGUUUUCAGAACAUGGAGAGACCUUAGCCAUGAAGGGCCUGACACUGAACUGCCUUGGUAGGAAGGAGGAGGCCUAUGAUCAUGUACGUCGAGGAUUGAGGAAUGACCUUCGCAGCCAUGUCUGCUGGCAUGUGUAUGGUUUACUACAGCGAUCAGACAGGAAAUAUGAUGAAGCCAUCAAGGCGUACAGGAAUGCAUUGAAGUGGGAUAAGGAUAACCUGCAGAUCUUGCGAGAUCUGUCUUUAUUACAGAUUCAGAUGCGAGAUUUGGAAGGGUACAGAGAUACACGUUACCAAUUGCUUGUGUUGCGGCCUGGACAGCGUGCUUCAUGGAUUGGUUAUGCUAUGUCUUACCAUCUCCUGAAGGACUAUGAUAUGGCCUUCAGUAUCAUCGAGGAGUUUCGCAAGACACAAAUGCCUAAACCACUUGAUUAUGAGCACAGUGAACUCCUGAUGUAUCAAAACCUGGUACUGCGUGAAUCAGGAAUGAAUACUGAAGCACUGACCCAUUUAGAAAAAUAUGAAAAACAAAUUGUAGACAAGCUAGCUGUUCAAGAAAUUAGAGGUGAACUGUAUCAGAAGUUGGGCAGGCACAAAGAAGCAGGAGAUGUUUACCUUGAUCUGAUCAAAAGAAAUCCAGAGAAUUGGGGUCAUUACAAGAUGCAGGAGGAGGCUGCAAAACCUGAUACUGUAGAAGAACGUCUUCAGCUGUAUAAAGAUAUAGAGAAGGAAUUUCCACGCGCUUCUGCACCGAAGAGGAUACCAUUGUCCUUCACAACAGGAAUCACGUUUACAAGUUUAAUUGAUGCCUAUCUGAGAAAAGCUUUCCACAAAGGUGUACCGCCCCUGUUUGUCACCAUUAAAUCUCUGUACACAGACCCCAGUAAGAUCAAAGUAAUAGAGGAAUUGGUUUUGAGCUACAUGGAGAGCUUAAAGAGAGUUGAGAAGUUUGAUGAAGCUGAUGAAGGGGAGAAAGAACCACCCACUUCCCUUGUUUGGGUUUACUACUUCCUGGCUUCACAUUUUGACCACCAGGGCAACACAAAGCGGGCAAUGGAAUUUAUAGAUGCGGCUCUGGAACACACACCACUACUCAUAGAGUUGUAUGUCCUGAAAGCGAAAAUUCAUAAGCAUGCGGGUGAUAUAGAAGAAGCAAUGCGACUGAUGGACGAGGCCCAGUCCCUUGACACUGCCGACCGUUACAUUAACUCCAAGUGUGCCAAGUACAUGCUCAAGGCUAACCUCAUCAACGAGGCUGCUGAUAUGUGCUCCAAAUUUACACGGGAGGGUGUAUCAGCCAUGGACAAUUUGAACGAGAUGCAGUGUAUGUGGUUUCAGACAGAAUGUGCGGCCACACACCAGCGCACAGGCAAAUGGGGGGAGUCUCUGAAGAAAUGCCAUGAAGUAGAUAGGCAUUUCACCGAGAUAAUUGAGGACCAGUUUGACUUCCACACAUAUUGUAUGAGAAAGAUGACAUUACGAGCUUACAUAGGACUGUUACGCCUUGAGGAUGUACUUCGAAAUCAUCCGUUCUACUUCAAGGCGGCAAAAAUAGCAAUAGAGAUAUAUCUUCAUUUGGCCGACCAUCCACUGGCUGAGAAUGAAACAGACAAAUCUUUAGAUACAGAAAAUCUUACACCAAGUGAAUUGAAAAAAUUAAGAAAUAAGCAGCGAAAAGCUGCCAAAAAGGCCCAACAAGCCCAAGAAAAACAGAAAGCAGAACAGGACAAAAAGGAGCAACAGAGCAAAAAACAGCAGGAUGGUGAAAUGGAUGGGCCGAAGGAGGAGGAAUUGAUUCCAGACAAACUAGCCAGGACGGAAGAACCAUUAGAACAGGCCAUCCGCUUCCUUAGGCCUCUACAAUUGUUAGCGAAGGACAAAAUACAAACCCAUAUAUUUGCUUAUGAAAUUUAUAGUAGAAAGGGUAAACAUCUGUUAAUGUUACAAUCACUAAAACGGGGAUGUCGUAUCGACUCUGAUGAUCCUCAGUUACAUAUUUGUUUACUGAGGUUUUUACAGAAAGUGAAUAAGAAGGGAGUAAUGCCAGAUGCUGUGAAACAAGUGUUAGAAAUGGAAACAUUACCACUUCAUCAAGGGAAAGAUGUCAAAACACUCAAUACAGAUUAUAUCUUGAGGAACAGUAAAUCACUACUACACAGAUUAGCAGGUGCUAGGAUGAUGUAUGAAUUAGAUUCCUCAGAAGAAACCCAGAAAAAAGCAUUAGAAAUGGCCACAAGUCUUUCAGAGGAUUUAGAUGGAAUAUGUAUAAAGAACUGUAUAGAGGUCUUGGAAGCAAUGUGCCGCGGAGAUUUUGGUCAGUGUGAGAGCGUAGCCCAAGACUAUCAGGCCCGAUGCCACAGCCUUUUCCCACUCUCUCCUUCCUUUAUUAUUCCCGCCAGCAGUCAACCAGACCAGAUUGUUGCAAAUGGAGCUGCCUCCUAGAGAAGUCUGGUCAAGGGGAAUAAUCCACCUCAUUUUGUGCUGAGUUAGGACAGCUUUCUUAUAACAAAUAACUCCCAAAUCAUAGCAGGUAAUUACUCUUCAGACAUUUCAAUAGAGUUGGGGGUAUGAUGGACACCAUGCCAAUUAUUGUGAUCAAACCUUGGAUGUGGCCCCACAUACAAGAGGUAAUGGACCACUGCUGGCACAAACUAGUUUUCAGUGCGGCACCUUAUUGACAGGAGUUGUGUCGACAACCAAAAGGACAGUGUCACAGUGUCCACAGAUAUGCCACUAGAUUCCUUGUUAUCAUUGUGCACAUUUCUGUAGGGAACACUGUAGCAGCUUGUGUGUAGAUGUUGGUGUGUUUGAGUAAAUGAGCGACAAACAUGCAGGUGGAUGGAAGUUGCGCCAAACACGACGUCUAAAGGCUAACCGAACAUAUGCAGGACAAGCCAUCAGUAACAGAAAAGAAAGUUCACCACUUUCAACAGAGUGAUUUUUGUGAAAUCCUUUUUCCCCCAACCUGUACAACUUCCUGCUUAAUUAUUUGCUCAAGUGCAAUGAGGGAAGAUGCUGUGCUCUGUCAUUUGCUGGGGACCAUGCUCACUCUACUCAAUGCUAACAUGGGGAGUGGUGGCCUGAACCAGUGCUUGCUUGUAAACCAUGAAUGAACCAAUCAGAGUGCACCUGUUUGCCUGAAAUUAACCAAUCAGAAAUGUACCAGUGUAAGCUUGCUACAGGAAUUCCUUGCCAUAUGUGGCACAUUGUUAUUUCUCAAGAGUAGACAAAUCUAGUUUUUUUUUUAAGUUAUUUUAUAGAAAUAAGUAUUAUCCAUGUGUUCCUUUGCUACAUUUACAGGUGUCAUAGUAACUGGACUUUACAGUCUUUUUUUUAACGAACAGAUAUUUAUACUGAAGUGGUAAUGAAGACAAUUAUCACCAAGAAUGUCCAGCGUUUGUCUCAUAUUGGCGUCGUUCACUAUGCUGUGUGUCCCAUGUUGAGAGAAUGAUUUUUAUUAUUGAGUGUGAUGAUGAACAAAAGUGUGGUCCGAGUUGAAAGUGUUGAUACUACCACUUCAUUAGUGCUACGUGAAUGAUUCUCACAUGUGUAGGGCUGUGAUGCUGAUGGUACGACCAUUGUUUUAUAUAUAUAGCCAUCAACAAAUUACUGACAUUGCACUGUGGUCACUUAUAUAGCCAAAUCUCCAUGUCAUUGCUUUGGAAUCAUUUAUCUUACAAAUAUAUUAAAGUGAAGUGUGUGAUAGCUUUCAGACUUUUUUCUGAAAAUGCUAUUUUUUAACACAUACCGCUCUUGCAUGCUAAAUGUGGUUAAUGCAUUGGUUACAAUGGGAAACACACCGCAGCAAACAGCUUUCUUGCAAAAGUUUUUCUUUUUUUCUUCUUUUAUUUGGAUGAAGUGACCAACCAGUAAAUCUUUUGUCUUUAUAAGGACGUGAAACAGGAUUAAUUUAUUUUCUGUUGCAAUAAAGACUGUCUGUGUUUGCAGACAAAAGCUAACCAAGAGCACUUCAGGUCUGUAAUCAUUUGUCUUGUGAAAGGGAAUUUUUCAGAAAUAACAUGUAGACACCACAAAACUACCCUUCUGGAAAUACAACAAGAGUUAGCUGCCUUCAAUGUAAUAGGAGUAAUUGUAACUUUGAAAUCUAUUGGGAAACUUUUCUUUCAAAACCGUAAGCUAUUGUAAAUCACUUAUAUUAUGUCUUGGAAUUAUUUUUUGCAAGGUGAGUCAAUUGUGAAUUGGAAUCCUUUGUGAUAUUUGUGCAAAAAAAUGGCAUUCAUGUUGAUUUAGUUACCAAAUUCAGAGCCUUGUAGAGUUCAGGUAAUAGCUCAUCAUUCGUGUCUGAAGAGGUAAGUUUGCAAAAUUAAGUAUUCAUGAAAUCUCAAGGAUUUUUCAAUAUUACAAGAAACUCUAACACUUUAUUGUAAGUUGCUCUAGCCAGAAAUCAACAAGAUAUUUUACAACUGUUAGUGAAGUUAUGAAGACUCCUAUUACAUUCAAUUUGAUAUCUUCUUAAAUAUUUGCAACUGAUAAAGGUUCCCAACAAGACCUGACAUGUGUUGUUGCUGGUAGUAAGCAGCCUAUCAACUAAUGUUAGUGUAUCAGUUUUUUCAAUCAACCCUGAUAAUUAAGAGCCUAUGGACAACUCAUGGUCAGUCCCAGAUGAAAAUUGCAGUGACUUAUUUAACCAUUUGUUUUUGUCACAUCUCAUAUGUUAACAUGAAAAUUCAUCUGCAAUAUGAUUGGCUGGGCCUUGGAGGCUAAGAGGAAUCCUUGGCUCGGCCUCUGAGGCUAAGGAGAAUUCUUGGCUCAGCCUCAGAGGCCAGGGGGAAUUCUUGGCUCGGCCUCGGAGGCCAAGAGGAAUUCUUGGCUCAGCCUCAGAGGCCAGGGGGAAUUCUUGGCUCGGCCUCGGAGGCCAAGAGGAAUUCUUGGCUCAGCCUCAGAGGCCAGGGGGAAUUCUUGGCUCAGCCUCGGAGGCCAAGAGGAAUUCUUGAUACCAUCAGAAUCAGAAACAUGUUGGCAAAAGUUUUACAAUAUAAUUGUGAUCACAUCAUUUAAUUUUUUAUAGAUCCAUCUGUGAGCAUGAUUUUCACAAGAGCUGCCAUAUUUUCACCACUGUCGUUUACAUUGCUCCCAGAAGAACUCUUAUUAUGAAUAUUUGUGAAAUGUUUAAGUGAUGUGGCCCAUUAUUUUCUCUGAGACUCUGAAUAAGGAUAAUUGUGGCGUGUCCAAUUUUAUCAUAGAAUGAAAAUUUAAUAUGGGUACUGUAAGCAUUGAACAUUUGUUGAAACAGCUUAAUGUAGAAGUCACUUGUCAGUCGUCAUCAAAAUGUUGGCAGAAUAACUUGAUUAAAUAUCUCCAAGUGUUUCAUUAUCUUCUUAGCCCAAAUCUGUUGUAGAAUUUGUAACACAAGGGUACAUUGUACAGCAACUUUCAAAUUGUAUCUCAUUCCAAACAGUUGGACCAGUUAUAUCAGAUUUAUGAAAUAGUGACAUGAUAAUUACACCAUUUUUCCUUGCAGUAAUGUGAUGGUGGUUUUUUCAGUGGUCUAUUUAUGGCAGUUUUACAAAAAGGUUGAAGCAACUUAAGGAUGCACGUUUUCCAGAAGUCAUUAAAUAUACUGUCAUUUUCUUUUAUGAGAUUUAUUCUCCAGGUGUCUCUAUGUCAUGAUUUUAUUCUAUCCUUAAAAAUAGUGAAAAAUAUAGAGCUGUCAGAAAUCACAGUGUUAAACAAGAAUUACUAGGCCACAUUAUAUACAUAUAUACACAAACGGUUACUUAGAACUUAGGGGAGUGUCUGACAUUUAGAACUGGUGUUGAUACAUGCAACACAAAAGCUGCAAGACUGAUGUUAAUUAAACACACAAGGUGUCGCUAUCAGCAGACAUGACUUUACAGAAUAUGUGCUGUAAACAUCUCCUGCAGCUUUGGUUUAAAAUUCUACCAUCUUUGAUUUUGAUGUCGCGUAAAUAGACUGGUUAGCAUUCUGCAAAUCCACUACAGGGCCAUUUUCCUUUAUUGGUUUGAUCAGUUGGACGAGGGUUGUUCCUUUAUAACGGCGGACCGACUGAUCUAAUUUGGCUUUCCAAUGAGCUUCAACUAGGCCUCUCAAAGCUUAUAUUAAUAUUUGCAGGUCCAUCCUAAUUUAUGUCUGAAAUGUUACAUUUAAUGUGCCGACAGGCCAGUUUGCAUUAACGAACUGCCCCUUGGUCUACAGGACUUGGCGUGUGGUAGCUAACAAAACUAGUAUAUAUGAUCAUACAAAGGAACCCAAGUGAUUUCGCAGUAGAACUUUAAAGUUACUAUUUUAUUCUUCUGGUAUAUACUGUUUUCAGUGCGACAUGUUGAUGAUAGCUGUGCUGUUACCAUAGUGAUACUUGAACCAAGGAGAUUGUAAGAUCACUGUUGAUAUCGAUUAUUUUAUUGUCUUUGUGUGGAAAUUUUGCUAUGAUAACUACAGUUUGCAAUGUAGUUGCCAUGGAUGCCAGAGACAGUGGUAUGGUUGCUAUGGUGAUGUAUGAGUAUGCAAGAGAGAUAAUACAAAUGAAUUUGUCCUGGGAUAGUUACAUGAAAUAAACACACUUUCUAUCUACAAACCUA